CACUCCUUUGUGUAACAAGUAUUUAUUGAGCUACUGUUACUGCGUGCAGUGACUGAUGGAUGAAUGAAUGCAUAUAAGGAGAAAAUCAGCGCACAGGGACUAGAGAUGGAGGGGAGGGUCUCAAAGCCACUCCCACGUACCCCACCUGGCUUCUAACCGCCGGCCACACGCUUGACACGCCGGAUAUGACGUCACCCACUCCCGUGGUUCCCAGAACUAGUUGGUAAGACCGGAAAUUAACCCGGAGGGAAGGGGGGGGAAUGUGCAGAUUGACCGGAAGUAGGCCCCGACGGGCACUGCCAGCCUCAGCUCCCGGGAGCCGGUCGAAAAGAGCGUGAGGAGGGCGGGACAAGGGGCGGGGCCGCUGCAGGGGCGGGGCUUGGGGGCGGGGGGCGGGGACCCUUCGUCCCCGCCGGACCCCGCCUGCCCUGGCGCCGGCGGCGGCGCGGCCAUGAAGCUGAAGCUGAAGAACGUGUUCCUCGCUUACUUCCUCGUGUCGAUCGCCGGCCUCCUCUACGCGUUGGUGCAGCUCGGCCAGCCAUGUGACUGCCUCCCUCCCCUGCGGGCAGCAGCAGAGCAGCUUCGGCAGAAGGAUCUGAGGAUUUCCCAGCUGCAAGCCGAUCUCCGUCGCCCACCCCCUGCCCCUGCCCAGCCCCCUGAACCUGAGGCUCUGCCUACUAUCUAUGUUGUUACCCCCACCUAUGCCAGGCUGGUGCAGAAGGCGGAGCUGGUGCGGCUGUCCCAGACCCUGAGCCUGGUGCCCCGACUCCAUUGGCUGCUGGUAGAGGAUGCUGAGGGCCCCACCCCAUUGGUCUCAGGGCUGCUGGCUGCCUCUGGCCUCCUCUUCACACACCUGGCAGUCCUCACCCCCAAGGCCCAGCAACUCCGGGAGGGCGAACCAGGCUGGGUUCGGCCCCGAGGUGUAGAGCAACGAAACAGGGCCCUGGACUGGCUCCGGAGUGGAGGGGGUGCUGUAGGGGGAGAGAAGGACCCACCCCCACCAGGCACCCGGGGAGUCGUGUACUUUGCUGACGAUGACAACACCUACAGCCGGGAACUCUUUGAGGAGAUGCGCUGGACCCAUGGAGUCUCAGUGUGGCCCGUGGGGCUGGUGGGCGGCCUGCGAUUUGAGGGCCCUCGUGUACAGGAUGGCCGGGUUGUGGGCUUCCAUACGGCAUGGGAGCCCAACAGACCCUUCCCAGUGGAUAUGGCGGGAUUUGCUGUUGCCCUGCCUUUGCUGUUGGCUAAACCCAGUGCUCGCUUUGAUGCUACUGCUCCUCGGGGCCACCUGGAGAGCAGUCUUCUGAGCCACCUUGUAGAUCCCAAGGACCUGGAGCCACGGGCUGCCAACUGCACUCGGGUUCUGGUGUGGCAUACGCGGACAGAGAAGCCCAAGAUGAAGCAGGAGGAGCAGCUACAGCGGCAGGGCCGAGGCUCAGACCCAGCUGUCGAGGUGUGAUGAUGGCCCUGCCCUGUGCACCACCUCAUCAGGCACAGACCUGUGAGACUGGGCCCCUGGCCUGCCCAGGUUUUCCAAGUCCUGACCCCUCAGAGCCAGGGGCAGCCCCUCUGCCCCUUCAGCCCCAGGGCGUGGCCCAGCUGCUUUUCCCCUCCCCCAGCCUGCCAUGUGGCACUGCCCACAGGCUAGGGACAAGCAGCCCUUGUGUUGAGCCAGAUCGGCCCUGUCUGGGGCCGAGCAGAAAAGACAGACUCAGGAGGGAGGGCGGCUGAGUAACUGGGUAACUUAUUGGGGCUGGACGUGCACUGGGGGGCUGGAGGAGCUGGGCUGGACCCUCCCCACCUGAGCAUGCUGACCCCCCUCCUACCUCCAGAAUAAAAACUCUCAACCU